AUGCCCUCCUCACUCUAUGUCCCGUUCCUCCUGGCGGGGAUGAUCCUCACUGGAUCCAGCAACUCGCUCUGGUCCAAAUGGCAGGACAUGCAGUGCGUCGAGAACUGCAAUGACCCCGACCCAACAAACCACGUCCUCUACGAGCAGCCCGUCUGGCAGACCCUCCAGAUGUUCAUCGGAGAAAUGCUCUGUUUCCUGCCGGUCAUAUACACGUGGCUCAACACCAGACGACAAUCAUCUUCCGUGCAGCUCCAGCCAGAUGCCCCCGACCAUCAGCCAGUCGACAAACACAACCUCCCGCCCCAGGCCCUCCAAGGCUGGAAGAUCUGCCUCCUCUGGAUCCCCGCAGCCUGUGACCUCACCGGCACCACUCUAAUGAAUGUUGGCCUCCUAUACACCCCCGUCUCCAUUUAUCAAAUGACCCGCGGUGCCCUCGUCCUCUUCGUCGGCGUUUUUAGCGUCGUCUUCCUCCGGCGCCGCCUCUGGCUGUAUCAAUGGAUCUCGCUCAUUAUCGUGAUGACCGGCGUCGCACUGGUAGGGUACAGCGGGUCGCUCAUCAAGGAUGCGGUCAAGGAGGCCGUCGUGCACCAUCUCGCGCGCGCGCUUGCUCUGCACCAUGAUCCCCAUACGAAAGCGAUCGAGAACCCUGAGGUAACGAAAGUCCUCGUCGGUAUAUUCUUUGUAUUGUUUGCGCAAGUAUUCACCGCCACCCAGUUCGUCGUCGAAGAAAAGAUCAUGAGCCGGUACGCCGUCUCCCCCCUCAUCGCCGUCGGCUUCGAGGGCCUCUUCGGGACGAUCUCCAUCCUCCUCUUCGUCCCCAUCCUCGCCAUCCCCUCCGUCGCCCGCCUCUCCUCCUUCUUCGACCUCCCGCGCGGAUGGCACCAGAUGAUCGACACGCCCUCCGUCCUGUACUCCGGCAUGGCGAUCUGCGUCAGCAUUUCGCUGUUCAACUUCUUUGGAUUAAGUGUGACGCGCCAUGUCAGCGCGACGGCGCGUUCGCUCACGGAUACGUGCCGCACGUUGAGUAUUUGGGUUAUUAGUCUUGGACUGGGCUGGGAGAAGCUGGUGUUCCCGAUCUCGUUGUUGCAGGUUCUCGGGUUCUCGUUGCUUGUCUACGGCACUUUCCUCUUCAACAACCUCGUCAAAGUACCCUCCUUCCUCCCCUCUCCUGCGCCAGCUAGUCCUUCCACACGGGAGGAAGACGAAGAAGAGCGCGAAGGACUCUUGACAGGCCAUCAAGGCCAUCCAAGUCUUAGUCAGAGCCAGACGCUCGACGAGACAGCCGCGCUCCCGGCUGAUUUGGGCCAGAGCGGGUUCGACGUCGUCCCGGAGGGGCAGCACGCACUUGCGAGUGCGAGUGCGACCGCGAGCCCGAGGGAGGGGUCGAGGGUGAGGUCGGCGAGGGCGCAUGCCGAUUGA